GCGCGAGCUUCAAAUCCAAUGUAAAAAAGCCGACUCUUGGCAGGUUUUGCUGGUUUGGGCAUCUCAUCACAAUACCGCUGUGGUGUGGACCUUUGCGCAAUGGUAAACUUGAAUCAUGAGCCUGGAUGAGCAUAUCCAGAUUUACCAGCUCAGAGGCCUCGACAUUAGGGCCUGAGGAUUUCAUUAUGUUAGUCUUUACCUAACUUCACUACCAUUGCUUUUCCCAUCCAGCAUGUCCUUAUUCAGGCGACUCUUUCGAGCCGCCAGCACGCCGCCGAAACCAGCGCCGCGUCCCGUUCGGACUCCCAUGUCCUUCGUGAUCCACGUCGGAGCCACGUUCAUUGCGAUCUAUUCCCUGUCCGCCUUGAUUGCGCACAACUUGAUAUGGUACACGGCCAAUGCAGGCCCCUCCAUGUAUCCCACGAUAGCAAGCGGCCUCUCCUACACCAUCUACUCUCGACGCCACAAACGGGGCCGAAACAUCCAGAUUGGCGACGUUAUACUCUUCGAAAACCCCAUCUUUCUCCGAGGAAAAGCCUGCAAGCGCGUCAUUGGGAUGCCGGGAGACUACGUCGUCCGCGAUCCCUCGCAAAGGCCGACGGUUGGCGGCGCACUGGUGCCGGGCAUAACUGAGGAUAAUGACCAAGAACGAGAAGAGCCGGUCAUGGUACAGGUUCCCGAGGGUCAUGUCUGGGUUGCUGGCGACAGUUUAUCGUACAGCAGAGAUUCUCGGUUCUAUGGGCCAGUGCCCAUGGCGUUGAUCGCAGGCAAAGCACUCUACAACGGCGACGGAUGGUUUAAUUGGAACUCGUUUCGUACGCCGCAGCUUACCCCGGCUUUGGUGGAUGCCGAACCUGUCCGAGAACGAGUGGAGGGCGAACUUCCGCUAGAGGAUGCAAGGCCUGGUUGAGCCAGAUACAAUAAAAAAGCGAUUCAUCUCAAUAUCGGAUAUCAAGAAAGAAGCGACAAACUGGCUGGCGAUUCCAGAGUGAUCAGGUGCAUCGUAUUGUACAGGGCUAAUAGGGGACAACUAUCUGAAACUGGAUGGGUUGCGCCUUCUAUAAGGCAAAGGCUCCACCUUCUUCCGCUUGAGCUCGACAUCGGCGCCCUUCAGGCCAGCUCUCGCCAUGACAGCAGCCAUGGUUUCGUCCCAUUUGGUCCGGAAUAGAGAUGCGCUGACCGGAGUCAACAGGUGCCGGCUCAUGAAACUGCGGACCGUGAAGCCGUCACGCUGAACCUUUUGCUUCGCGACGUUCAGAUCAAUGGGCACGUUGUCUUUUUGUUGCAAAACGACAAUCGAUAUUCGGUGGUAUGGACUUCCUUUCUGCGCGUGCGGCGGCAGCCACGGCAGUAGGACCUGAGACUCUGCGGACAAUUUGGCGAGAUCGACUCGAGGUUGGGCGGGAGAAAUGGUGAUAUUGGAAGCCAGAAAGUGACAUCUGGAAUCAAAGCUGUCGUUUUCAAGGUUCGGCACGUCCGGAUCAACAAUGGCAAUCGUAACCAUCUUCUCGCCUUUCUCGAAUGCUUGCAGUGUGAGCUGGCAUGGUUGUUCGCUGAUAUCGGAAGCCACAAAAUCGCCGGGUGCCACAGCCUUCUUUCCAAAAGCAAUCUUGACGUCCAAAAUAGGGUCAACAUUAGGCACAACAUCGGGCACCACCUUCAUUUGUGUGAUGCGUUGGACUAGAACUUUUCGUGGGUAUUCUCGCCAUUUUCGUUCCGCGAGAUAUCUGUAUAUGGGCUUGUUCAUGUCACCUGGUUGAUGUCAGCAGUGUUGACAUCAGAAUAAAAUUUAUUGUACACA